CCGCCCCUUCGCCCCUUUAACCUUUAGGGUGCGCGAGCGCCGCGUCCUGCGCGGGUUCCUCCCUCCCCUUUCUUGUCCCCGCUUCACCGGGGCUGUCCCGGCCGGAAGCGAAGAUGGCGGCGGCGGCGGCUGCGGGCGCGGCGUCCGCCGAGCUGGUGAUCGGCUGGUGCAUCUUCGGCCUCCUUCUCCUGGCUAUUUUGGCGUUCUGCUGGAUAUAUGUUCGCAAAUAUCAGAGUCAGCGGGAAAGUGAAGUUGUCUCCACCAUAACCGCCAUUUUUUCUCUGGCCAUUGCACUGAUCACAUCAGCACUUCUUCCAGUGGAUAUAUUUUUGGUCUCUUACAUGAAAAAUCAGAAUGGUACAUUUAAGGACUGGGCCAAUGCAAACGUCAGCAGACAGAUCGAGGACACUGUACUGUAUGGUUACUAUGCCUUCUAUUCUGUUAUAUUAUUCUGUGUGUUCUUCUGGAUCCCUUUUGUCUACUUCUACUAUGAAGAAAAGGAUGAGGAUGAUACUGGUAAAUGCACUCAAGUUAAAAUGGCACUGAAGUAUACUUUGGGAUUUGUUGUGAUUUGUGCACUUCUUCUUUUAGUUGGUGCUUUCGUUCCAUUGAAUCUUCCUGAUAACAAAAAUUCUACACAGUGGGAAAAGGUGAAGUUCCUGUUUGAAGAACUUGGAAGUAGUCAUGGUUUAGCUGCCUUGUCAUUUUCCAUUAGUUCUCUGACCUUGCUUGGAAUGUUGGCAGCUAUAAUCUACACAGCCUAUGGCAUGUCGGCAUUACCUUUAAAUCUGAUUAAAGGCACACGAAGCGCUGCUUAUGAGCGUCUGGAAAACACUGAAGACAUUGAAGAAGUAGAGCAGCACAUCCAGACAAUCAAAUCAAAGAGCAAAGAUGGUCGACCUUUGCCGGCAAGGGAUAGACGCGCCUUAAAACAACUUGAAGAAAGGUUACGAACACUUCGGAAAAGAGAGAGGCACUUAGAAUUCAUUGAAAAUAGCUGGUGGACAAAAUUCUGUGGUGCUCUGCGUCCCCUGAAGAUCAUUUGGGGAAUAUUUUUCAUCUUUGUUGCAUUGCUGUUUGUAAUUUCUCUCUUCCUGUCAAACUUGGAUAAAGCUCUUCAUUCAGCUGGAAUAGAUUCUGGUUUCAUAAUUUUUGGAGCUAACCUGAGUAACCCACUGAAUAUGCUUUUGCCUUUACUACAAACUGUGUUCCCUCUUGAUUAUAUUCUUAUAACAAUUAUUAUUAUGUACUUUAUUUUUACUUCAAUGGCGGGGAUUCGAAAUAUUGGCAUAUGGUUCUUUUGGAUUAGAUUGUAUAAAAUCAGAAGAGGUAGAACCAGGCCCCAGGCGCUCUUAUUUCUCUGCAUGAUACUUCUGCUUAUUGUCCUUCACACUAGCUACAUGAUUUAUAGUCUUGCUCCCCAGUAUGUUAUGUAUGGAAGCCAAAACUAUUUCAUAGAGAGCAAUAUGACUUUCAAUGGCCAUAGAGGCAAUUCAACCCUUUCUGUGCCAAAGAGAUGUGAUGCAGAUGCCCCUGAAGAUCAGUGUACUGUCACCCGGACCUACCUCUUCCUUCACAAGUUCUGGUUCUUCAGUGCCGCCUACUACUUUGGAAACUGGGCCUUUCUUGGGGUGUUCGUCGUUGGGUUCAUCGUGUCCUGCUGUAAAGGGAAGAAGUCAGUCAUUGAAAGGGUAGAUGAGGAUGACUCAGACCUGAGUGAUGAAGAGCCCUCUGUCUACUCCGUUUGAGGGCCUCUGUCCUGCAGCAUUUACAGAGCGGACUGCAUCUCAUGUGCAUUUCAAAGUGUCAAACUAACAUUAGGAUGAACUGACUAGCUUUCAUCAAAAAUGGGAGCAUGGCUAUUGAAAAACUAUAUUUUUUAUGUUUUCUGAAGUAACAUUAUUGUAUCAUAGAUUAACAUUUAAAAUUGCUAUAAUAAUAACUAUGUAAACAUAAAACUACCAGCUGUGUGAGGGAAUGUUUGUGGAGAUUUUUUUUCCUCUAGUGUAUAAUAGUGUUCAAUUGAUUAAAAGCCCUCCAGAAUUAAUAUUCCCUUCAUCAUUUUUUAAAAACAUAAUAAAUCACUUGUACCUGUGC